AUGCCCGGAGAAGUCAUAAACGAACCAAAUCCGCAGCCACAACCGUCGCAUCUGCCGGACUAUCUCGAGAAACUUAGUGUCAAUUUAGACCGUGAAAUCCUAGAUCAGAAGUCCUGCGAUGCGUUGCUCAAAUUUCGCCGAGCGGCCUCAUACAUCGCGGCAGCGAUGAUUUUCUUGCAAGGGAACACACUCCUGAAGCAAGAUCUCACAUUUGACCAUGUCAAGCCUCGCUUAUUGGGCCAUUGGGGAACAUGCCCAGGACUGAUCUUGGUCUAUUCCCAUUUGAAUUAUCUUAUCCGGACCAUGGACUUAGACAUGCUCUAUGUCGUCGGCCCUGGACAUGGUGCGCCGGCAGUGCUAGCCGCGCUUUGGCUUGAAGGCUCAUUGGAGAAAUUCUACCCACAAUAUUCACGAGACAGCAAGGGCCUACACAAUCUCAUUUCAACAUUUAGCACCCCAGCCGGCUUACCAAGCCACAUCAACGCCGAAACCCCCGGCGCCAUCCACGAAGGUGGAGAGCUGGGCUAUGCCUUAGCAGUAGCAUUCGGUGCUGCUAUGGAUAACCCAGAUCUGAUUGUCCCUUGUAUUGUGGGCGACGGAGAGGCCGAAACUGGCCCCACUGCGACGUCCUGGCAUGCAAUCAAAUACCUUGAUCCCAAUGAAUCGGGUGCAGUUCUGCCAAUUCUGCAUGUGAAUGGAUUCAAGAUCAGUGAACGGACCAUCUUUGGCUGCAUGGAUAAUAAGGAGCUUGUUGCCCUUUUCAGUGGGUAUGGGUAUCAGGUUCGUUUUGUGGAGGAUAUCAAUGAUAUAGAUACGGAUCUCUAUUGCUCCAUGGUUUGGGCUAUAAAGGAGAUCCAUAAGAUUCAGAAGGCUGCUCGCUCUGGGAAGCCGAUUCUCAAGCCAAGAUGGCCCAUGUUGAUUCUGCGAACUCCAAAGGGUUGGUCUGGUCCGAAACAGCUCCGUGGUCACUUCAUUGAGGGCUCGUUCCAUUCCCAUCAGGUUCCUCUGCCAAAAGCGAAGUCCGACAGUGAAGAACUGGGUCUGCUUCAGAAAUGGCUAUCUAGCUACAAGCCACAGGAACUGUUCACGGCAGACGGGGAUGUCAUAGACGAGAUCAAAUCCGUGAUCCCGACUGCAGAUGCAAAGAAACUUGGCCAGCGCAUUGAAUCUUACAACUCUUAUGUUCCUCCAGAUCUGCCCGACUGGAAGAAGUUCUGCGCGGAGAAAGGGUCCAAGGAGAGCGCAAUGAAAGUAAUUGGUUGCCUCAUUAAUCAAGCCUUCACGCAAAACCCCCACACACUACGGCUGUUCUCGCCAGACGAGCUGGAGAGUAACAAACUUUCUGCUGCCCUCGAUAGCACGAACCGCAACUUCCAAUGGGAUGAGUUUGCCAACGCGCGAGGUGGUCGUGUAAUCGAAGUUCUCAGUGAACACAUGUGUCAAGGCUUCCUGCAGGGCUAUACCUUGACCGGUCGGAUUGGUAUCUUCCCAUCAUAUGAGAGCUUCCUCGGUAUCAUUCACACGAUGAUGGUGCAAUAUGCCAAGUUCAUCAAAAUGGCACUCGAAACAAAAUGGCACUCCGGCGUGAGCAGCAUCAACUACAUCGAAACUAGCACCUGGACACGCCAGGAACACAACGGCUUCUCCCACCAGAACCCAUCAUUCAUUGGCUCAGUACUAAAGCUGAAGCCCACCGCUGCUCGCGUGUACCUGCCACCAGACGCAAACACCUUUGCGACGACAGUGCACCACUGCCUCAAGUCCAAGAACUACAUCAACCUCAUGGUAGGCUCAAAGCAGCCGACUCCUGUGUAUCUCAGUCCCGAAGAAGCCGAGAUCCACUGCCGCGCAGGAGCAUCGAUCUGGAAGUUCUGCAGCACGGACAAUGGAACCAACCCGGACGUGGUACUGGCCGGUAUCGGUGUCGAGUUGAUGUUUGAGGUGAUCGCGGCGGCGGCGCUUCUGCGUAAGAUCGCGCCAGAGCUGCGAGUUUGCGUUGUCAACGUGACGGACCUGAUGAUCCUUGAAAAUGAGGGAUUGCAUCCGCACGCCCUGUCUACCGAGGCGUUUAACACGCUCUUCACUUCGGAUAAACCAGUCCACUUUAACUAUCACGGCUAUCCAACCGAAGUGCAGGGCUUGCUCUUUGGACGUCCCGGUCUUGACCGCAUUUCUGUGGCUGGUUAUAUCGAGGAGGGUAGUACUACUACGCCGUUUGAUAUGAUGCUCGUCAAUCGUGUCUCGCGUUUCCACGUUGCUCAACAUGCACUUCGUGGCGCAGCCAAGCAUAGCGAGAAGGUGCGGGUUCGCCAGCCGGAGCUGAAUGCUCAGCUUGAGCUAGACAUUGUCAGCUCGCGCAAGUACAUCAUCGACAACCACAAAGAUCCCGAACAUACUUAUGACACCCCGAAAUUUGACUAG